UCCUCGGUUUUGACGUGUGUCACGGAGUUUUUUGUGGUGGUUUUUGGGAGGUUGAUUUUUCACUGAAGACUACGCGGAAGUUUCCCACUAAUUGACUGCGUGCGUGAAAUCGUGAAGUGUGUGCACAACGAUGGAAACGUACGAGAGUGUGUUGCUGGUGAAGCCUGAGGUGUUUGUGUAUAAAAUACCGCCGCGCACCUCCAACAGAGGAUACAGGGCCGCUGACUGGAAUCUGCAAGAGCCCACUUGGACGGGGCGUAUGCGCCUGGUGUCCAAGGGCACGGCUGUGUCCAUGAAGCUGGAGGACAAGACGUCUGGGGCGCUGUUCGCCAACUGCCCAAUCGAAACAUAUCCGGGAGUCGCUGUGGAGGCCGUCACGGACAGUUCCCGCUACUUUGUCAUCCGCAUCCAAGACGACAACGGACGAUCUGCCUUCAUUGGUCUGGGCUUUGGCGAUCGUUCGGACUCAUUUGAUCUCAACGUGGCACUUCAGGAUCAUUUCAAAUGGGUGAAGAACCAGGAGCAGAUCGAGAAAGAGAAGGAGGCGCCGCGGCAAGAGCUGGAUUUGGGUUUCAAGGAGGGAGAAACUAUCAAGAUCAACAUGAAGAUCACUAAGAAGGACGGAAGUGAGUCGUCAUCGAGGACUGGGAAGAGCAAGGGCACCAGCGGAGUGGGAAUCCUUCCGCCACCGCCGUCAGGAGUGGCCAAUAAAAUAGCCCCGCCGCCAGGACAGCAGAAAGCCAGUCCGGCAGCCUCACCUUCGCAUCGUCCCACUGGUCAGACCGAGUGGGGCGACUUCACUUCCGCUGGAAACCAGCAGGCGCCGCAACAGCCCCAGCAAUCGACGAAUUCCAACUGGGUGCAGUUCUAAAGUGAGACAACAAAGGAGCGGACCUUGGAUUCUCGGCAAUCAUCUCAAAGAGUGGUUGAAUUGCGCUUUAGGUUCCCGAGAAAAUUCACCUAAUUUCUCUCGAUAUAGUUUAUUUACGUGGUAAGGACUAAAUACCCGCAAAUUACUUCUAGGUUAUAAGUUCUCUGGGUCGAAUUGAGACGAGAAGUUGAGAAUAUUUUUCCAUAUAUAUUUUUUGGCAUUUAUUUUGGAUCUUUUUUGUAUAAUUGACGCGUUGCAUUGUAUAAAGAAAUAGAAACUAUCGUUAUUAUGGUAUUAAUCUUGCUAUAGAGGAAAAUAUUUGCUUCAAGUAAUGCUAAAAAAGAAACAUUUAUCACAAGAAGAAAAGUCGUGUGAAAAUUCAAACAAUAGCGAAAAAAGAGUAGAGAAAAUGUACUUAUUUUUGAAAA